AUCUGGGAAUUAAAUUAUUAUUUAAUUAAUUAGGGAAAACAAAGAUUCAUCAUCGAAUAAACUGCACUUGUCUACUUGUAUUCUUUGUUUAUAGUGAGAUCCUAUUUCAGUAAUUCGAAUUGAGUGAUUCACAUAAUGUUUUAUCUCGAAUAAACUUCCUGGCAAAAGUGAGUAGGUACUUACUAAGUAAGUGCUACGGAAUUUUUUGCAAAGCUUGAAAAUAAAUCUCUGCGGCCAAGGGGUUUCCCUAAGGUCUCAGUUGACGUUGAAAUUAAUAAGACAAUAUUUAUUAAGAAUUACUCAGCAUAAUUAUCGAGCCAAUACUUCGAUGUCCUGAAGGACGCUGAUAUCGAGAACUUGAAAUACUUAGGUGGCUCAUGCGAAUCAUUGUAUAAAAGCGUUUGUUUGCGGUAGUCAAUGUCACAGGCAGGCAGCGUUGUACUCGUGCCCGGUUUUGUGCGAUAAAUUAUUAUUAUUGUAAUUAGUAAAAAAUAAAAUACAAUAUUGCUCGAACAGUUUCGAUUAAAAAUACUGGUAUUUAAUAAAAUAAAAGCGAAUAAAAAAGUAAAAAACUUUUUUUCAAAAAUGGAACGUUUCGGAAGUUGUGUUUUGUUGAUUAGUGUAUUGUUGGUUUUAAAUAUUGAAAAAAGUUAUCAACACGCGUGGGUGACUACUGACGAAUUGGAGAACCACAUCAACCCUGAAGAUCUUCUAGAAUUUGCAAAUUUUAACCAGCACAAUGACACGACCAAAAUUGGUGAUAUCGGUGAUGAUGCAGUCGGGUUCGCAGAUGCCGUGGAAACAACAACUGGCCUUCCCGUACCGGGCACAGUCGACUGUUUCGGCUUGGGCACACUGUCACGGCAGAUUGUAAGCCUCUUCAAUAUGAGACCAGAUUCAUCUGACGAAGUUAACACGCACUUUUACUUUUCAUCGCGAACUAUGCCUACCAGGAUGCAGGUGUUUCCUGGUUCCCAAUUCGGUCUCGAAUGGGUGGACUUCAAACCGAAUAGAAAGACAGUGAUGAUUAUUCAUGGCUUCAUGAGUCACAGUAAUGCAUCUUGGGUUAAUGACAUGACUAAAGCGUUUCUGGAAUGGGCGGAUGUGAACGUCAUUGCGGUAGAUUGGAGUGGUGGUGGGAACACUUGGAAGUAUUGGAGGGCAGUGGCCAACACGAGGAGAGUAGGCUCUGAUAUUGUUGGAUUCAUGCGUAGAAUGAUGACAGAAACUGGAGUAAGAACGAAAGACAUGCACUUAGUUGGACACAGUCUAGGAGCUCAUAUCGCUUCGUAUGUAUCUUACCACUUGGGAAAAGUUGCACGAAUUACAGGCCUAGAUCCAGCUCAGCCAUGUUUCUGGACAACAGACUCUACGGAACGUCUGGACCCUCAAGACGCGGACUUUGUAGACAUUAUACACACUAACGGACGACUGCUCUCGAGGAUAGGCUUCGGCUUUCCUGAUCCUAAUGGUCACGCAGACUUCUAUCCAAACGGUGGCAUGAAACAGCCGGGCUGUUACAACGAAACUACCUCCAUAUGGUCUCGGCUCAUUCCAUUUUCGUCCAGACUUCAGCAAGCGAUAUGCAGUCACGGCCGCGCAUAUUUACUCUUCACUGAAUCAUUGAUCAACCGUAACUGUACUUUUAGGGGACAUAGGUGGGACUUGACAUAUGAAGGGGUCAACGCCAGCUUGAAGGCUGCUUGCGACAGGGUGGGCUCAUGUUCAGAGAUGGGCAUCAGAGCUGUGGGCGAGGGGAGAUUGCCACGAGCCACGGGAGCGUACUUCGUACUGACUACUGAUAAGGAUCCUUACUGUCCGGACCUCCUGAGCCCUUUGGACUAUGAUUUCCGUUGGUACCUGACGGAUACUCUGUUUGGUCGUGGCCAGUGCUCCCACGCCACUUGUAUAUCGUGUGGUUCGUCUGUAGCUUGUGAUGUGCCGUGGAGAACAAUCAUUGAACGAGUUCACAAAAGCUGUCAGGAAAUGGUGUCUGAGUGUCGGUAUAACGAUGUGGAGUUUCCAUGUUGCGAAUAUUUCCGUGAAGUAGACUCGGAACACGGGCCUUGCUUCUCCUUCAACACUCUACAACACAAGGGAGAAAACAGCUUGUUUGAUUUGAACAGAACCACUGGACCGGGAGUGUUGAUGUUUCGCUUGCUGUCUGAUGCUGAAAUAUCAAUUCAUAGUCCUGAAGAGUUGUCUACACAGUUUUUAGACGGCAAGUUGAAAGAAAUAGUGCACACUUUCAUAGAAAAUCAUGUGUCUUUCCUGUUCUCUGUGGUGGAGAUUGUAAACGGUGAACAGUUGAAGACGGAGCCUAUUGAAGUCAGGCAGUGCCGGUAUCUGCAUGAAGUACCUGAUGAUCUUCUUCACACUUAUCCGGUAUAUUCUUAUGGAGCUUGUCGUUUAGCAGAAACAACUAAAGAAUUCUAUCAGCAAUGUGGUUGUGUGCACCCAGUACGAGAUCCUACAUAUAAAGAAUUGUAUUGUAAUUAUUCUGGAAUAACCUGCUGGAACGUAUAUGAAGGUCUAAAGGAAAAAUUGGGUGCGGACAAAAUAACAAAAGACAAUUGUUUGCCUUCUUGUGUUGAAAGUGAACUUAAAACGAUUCAUUAUUCCAAGAGAUGGGAGAAAGAUGAAAAUAGUGUAGGUACGCUUGUGGAGGUUAGAAUGGCAUCAUUGCCAACGCUACGAUACCAAAGGAACUUGUUGCGAGACAAACUGGAUUUAGUUGUGGCAGUCGGUGGUAUAGGCGGGCUGUUCUUCAGUGCAUCUGUCCUGAGUUUAUUGGAAGUAUUUUAUUUGAUCCUUCGACCUAUGUACUAACGAUGAAUAAAAUAAACAGAUUAACCUUAA